AGUUGCACGUGAGAUACGUGGAGAAGAUGAACUUUUCGGAGGAAUUCAACUUGUGAUAUCUGGUGAUUUUGCUCAAUUGAGACCUGUUGAGGGCAAAUACGCAUUUCAAAGCAAACUUUGGGAUUUAGCUAUAGAGGAAAACAUUUUUUUGAAAAAGAUAUACAGACAAAGUGAUGAGUAUUUUAUCAGAGGUCUUGAUAGGAUGAGAUUUGGAAAGAUAGACAAGGAUUUCCUUUCAUUUAUAAAAAAACUAGAUAGGGAAGUAAAAUACGAAGAUGGAAGAGAGCCAACAAGGCUUUAUUCUACGAACAAAGAAGUCACGAUUUGUAAUAUGAACAAGUUAAAUGAUAUACCUGGAGAAAUGUUAAAAUAUACUUGUGUUGAUUGGUCAAUAAAGGAUAGAGGUGGAUUAUCUCACGAGAAAUUGAUUAAUUGGUUGGAUAAAAGUACGUUAGUUGAACAAGUUUUGUAUUUAAAAAUUGGUGCAGAAGUUUUUUACAUUUGGAAUUCUGAUGAUCGAAGAUUGGUUAAUGGAACUCAAGGUAAGGUUGUAGCAUUUAGAAAUACAAAAAGUGAUAUGGUAUACGAAAAAGAUCUUCCAAAAGGUAUUUCUCCGAAUGAUGUAGUACCAUUAGUCAAAUUUGACGGUAUUGAAGAAAUUAUAGAAGUUGGAAAAGAAAGGUUUACAAAAAAAAAUAAUGAGGGUGUGUUGAUGGUGACACGUACUCAAUUACCGUUAAAAUUGAAAUACGCAAUGUCUAUACAUAAAUCACAAGGUUUGACAAUUGAAAGGUUAUAUAUAAAUUGUGCAAAAGUUUUUCAGAGUAAACAAUUAUAUGUAGCUUUAUCAAGAGCCGUUGACAUAAAAAAUUUAUGUGUGAAAAAUUUUAGACCAGAAAAAUUAAAAGCUAACGAGCUAGUUAUAAAAUUUAUGAAAGAUAAUUUUGGAAAUGAGAUUUUGUUAUAA